ACCGGCGGACCCCCUUUUCCCCCUCCAGGGCGAGAAGGGACUCCCCAACUCCCGCAGAGCUUCGGAGCUGCUCCCAGCACUCGUCCCAGGAGGGCUUCCAGCACGAUGCCAAGGUGAGAAUCGAGUCCUUUCCUCCCCGCUCUCCAUUCCGCUCCCUGGCUAACGUUACCAUCUAUUAAGCGCUUUCCUCUGGGCCAAGCACUGUACUGAGCACCGGGACAGAGACAGGGUGCAGACUCCUGCAGAGGGCCAGCCGUGCCCCUGGAAAGGGACACCCAGAGUGGACCGGGAGAGGAGAGUCGGGGCCACUGGAAGGGGUCCUUUUGCCCAUCGCCCAGCACGCUCCCCGGGGAGGCAGAGCAGCUGGACGCUAAGGAGCCGUGGGGAGCGUCCAGAGGGAGAAGCCCCCCAGAGGCCAUGGAGCCCACCCCAGAUGGCGCCACCCUGCCCCGGUCCCCCACCAACUCCGCCACCCAGGCCAACCUCACGUCGGACGCCCCGAGCGAGUCUGGGCACAUCCUGGUCACUUCCUUCCUGGGCUGCGUCCUGGCUGCGAUGUGCGUGGUGGGUACAGCCGGCAACGUCUACACGCUGGUGGUCACCAACGCCUCCUUCAAGCUGGCAGGCUCCAUGUCCAUCUAUAUCGUCAAUCUGGCCCUGGCCGACCUCCUGUACUUGGCCACCAUCCCCUUCGUGGUCUGCACGUACUUUCUGAGGGACUGGUACUUUGGGGACCUGGGCUGCCGCAUCCUCUUCAGCCUGGACCUCCUCACUAUGCACGCCAGCAUCUUCUUCCUCACGGCCAUGAGCACCGAAAGGUACCUGGCCGUGGCGAAGCCCCUGGACAGCGUCGGCCGGUCCGGGAACUACCGGCGCGUGGUCACCUGCUCCGUGUGGCUCGUGUCCCUCCUCCUGGCCCUGCCGACCGCGGUCCUCAUCGACCUCCGCACGAGCCACCUAGACGGGGCGACUAAACGCAUGUGCCACCCCACCUGGCAGCUGGAAGCCUACAAGGUGUACCUCACCGUCCUCUUCCACACCUGCAUCUUGGCCCCGGGCCUCGUCAUCUGCUACCUGUACAUCAGACUGGCCCGGACCUACUGGCGAUCCCAGACCUCCGUCUUCCUCCCGGCUGAGAGGGGCAAAAGGUGUCCCCGGCAGAAGGUCCUCUACAUGAUCUUCGCCAUCAUCCUGACGUACUGGGCUUGCUUCCUCCCCUUCUGGCUCUGGCAGCUGCUCAGUAUUUACUACCGAGUGCCCGGGAACGGCCACGGCAGCACCACCGUCGUCUACAUUAAUUUCCUGGUCACCUGCCUGGCCUACGGCAACAGCUGCAUCAACCCCUUCCUGUACACCCUGCUCUCCAAGAACUACAAGGAGUACCUGCAGAGCCACCGGAGGAGGGAAACCCAGCCGUCCAGGGGGAGGGCGAAGAGGGUCUCGUCCAGGAAGUCGGUGUCAUCUGGAAGCCCUGGCUACGCAGAGGCCAUCGCUGUCGUGCAGAUCAAGGGAACCGGUGCCCGCGCCAGCUCUCUGUGAAAGAUUUGUUCGUCAGCUAUGAAGAUGAUGCAAACAGAAAGCAUUGCGGCCACAUGAAGAGAGUCUCUAAUGGGGCGGCUACAUUAGCCAACUGCUGGACCUGGUGUCCUUCUGGACUCCGGUUCUUGAGUCACAAUCUUCUGGAGACCUCUGUUCUCCUCCUAGUUAGCCUGGUCCGUGGGACACUGAAGUCAUGCUUUGUGCCAACCGACAGGCCCCGCUACUUGAAGUUUCACUUCCGUCUCGAGUCACCUGUCCUCUUCGGGUGUCGCUGCCCCUUCUCGGCUCCCUGACUAUCCUGUCGCCUUCCAUUCUCCCAAAACGUCUCGCCCAGCGGAUUUUGAUCUUGCCUCAUCCCUGGAUAAGUAUGACAUUCAGAGAAUGAUGGAACGGCUCAAGAAGUCAGAUGUGGUCUCUGUUAUAAGUCUGGCUCCAAGUUAUACAGAAGACGGGACAUUGCUAGUGCUCCUCUGGGCUGUAAACUGGUCAUGGGCAGGGAACCUGCCUACCAACUCUGGUGUAUUGUAUUCUACCAAGUGCUUA